AUGCCUGUCUUAUGUUGCGAUUACAACAACGACAAUGACGAAGAGAAGAUUGAUGUUAAAAAUUGGAAAUUUGGAGAAACUCAACAGAUUUCUGUCAUAAAAACUGAGAAAACUUAUCGCUCAUUCAGAUAUGUCGAUGUGAAAAUUUGUGGUAACUUUUAUUUAAGCUUCAUAUUCUUAUCAGUCUGA